GUUAGGAUAUACGGGGUAGAGUGUUGUGUAGUACCGACGAAUUAUUAAUGUUGCCGAGUUCAGAAUUCAACUAAUCGUGUAAAUAGCUCGGACUUUAAAAACAAUUACAACGCAAAAACAUUCCUUGCUAAAAGUGCUAUCUGCCUUCGUGCGGCAUUUCGCUAGUAUGCGUGUACACGUGCUGCAAGUACAUGUAAUACAGACCAUCAACACAAACAAAUAGCAAUCGCGAUUGUAAAUUACACAAUCCUACCCCACCGAGCCAGGCAUGUUUCCAGCGUAAGGUUAGAUCCACUUCAUUCGCCACACACGCUUUACGCCUGGAACGACACACGCGCUCGGUACAAUUUGCAAAUCAUUCCUGGUGUGACACCGCCGCCUAACUUGCUUACCAAUGUCCUCGGUCAAGCUGCAUAGCAGUAUAUUCCAUCCAACACUACGUAAACUACAGUGCCAGGAUGUGGCGAUUGAAGCGCACAACCUGAUGUAUCCCGUGUUUUUGGUCGACGACGAUGAAGCUGUUCAGCACAUUCCAAGCAUGCCGGGUGUUGCCCGUUACGGUGGCACCACCUUGCUGGCCCACCUGAAGCCGUUGGUCGCGAAAGGUCUUCAAUCGAUCCUGGUAUUCGGAGUGGUUGACAAGCUGCCGAAGGAUUCCAUCGGUUCGGGUGCCGAUUGCGCCACAAAUCCGGUGAUACGUGCAUUGCCCCGACUACGUGCCGCUUUCCCCGAUCUGUUGAUUGCGUGCGACGUUUGCCUAUGCCCGUACACCGAUCACGGUCACUGUGGAGUAUUGACACCGGACGGUGUUAUCGACAACCCGCCCAGCAUCAAGCGCAUCGCUGAGAUUGCCCUGGCGUAUGCUAAAGCAGGUGCCCAUAUUGUGGCACCGUCCGACAUGAUGGACAAUCGCAUUUACGCGAUAAAGCAAAUGUUGCGCACCAGCAACUUAGAUAACCGGUGUUCGGUGCUGUCGUAUUCGGUCAAGUUUGCGUCCGGCUUCUAUGGGCCGUUUCGUGAUGCGGCCAAAUCCGCACCUGCAUUCGGCGAUCGGAAAUGCUAUCAAUUGCCACCGGGAUCGAAAGGCAUUGCCAAACGGGCCGCGAAACGUGACGUGGAGGAAGGUGCCGACAUGCUCAUGGUUAAGCCCGGCAUGGCUUAUUUAGAUAUUGUGAAGCAAGUAAAGGACGAAUAUCCCGAACUGCCGAUGUUUAUCUACCAGGUUUCCGGAGAAUAUUCGAUGCUGCUAAACGCUGGUGAAAUUGGUGCCUUUGAUUUGAAGACUGUUUUGUGGGAAGUGCUGAUAGGUAUGCGCCGUGCCGGUGCCGACUGUAUAAUAUCCUACUUUACACCACUCGUCCUCGAUUGGUUGAAGGAAUAAUUUAUCCCGUUUAUUAGAAAUGCAUAGGUUGUGGGAUACAUCUCUGUUUUAUGUGACAAUAAUUGCUUUGGAAAUGAAUCUACCGGAAUAUAAU